CAUACAAAACUCGUACAUAACAUCGUAGCCAUACAGUACUCGCACGCAAACCAUUAGCGCCUCUCUAGUAGUAUACGUUUCUGCUAAUCGUUAAGUGUAUGUUUCGUACCUUCGUGAAGUUGUGAGCAAAGUUGAAAAUAAAUAUACUUCGACUUAAAAGGUAUGCCAGUCCACUUACUGCACUUGUUGAAAAAUCAUAAGGUGAAGAAGGACUAAAAUCUGUACGUGUGUGCAAAUUGAUAUGGACAAUAUAACACAUGAUGUCGCAAGACAACAUAUAAAUUACCACGAGAUAUUGUUACCUUUGGAACUAAAGAAUGGUACUGUAUAUUCUUGUGCUAAAGUUUCAGUCAAAAAAUUCGAAGAAAUCUACCUAAAUGACGACAUUGAUAAUCCUGUACCUUUGGUUGAAGAAUAUCUAGGUUCAGCUCCUCGUUUAUCACACCGUACGCCUGUUGUUGGAAAAACUUUACGACAAAUUACGGAUCAAGCUAUAAAAGAAUUUAAAGAUUCAAUGGAAGCCAUAGUUUGGCUUAGAAAUGUUAUUACAUUAUUAUUGCAAUAUAAUGUAUUCACAGUGUAUACGAUAGAGCGCAUACCAAAAGAACAUGAACAUUUUAGUCGUCAUUUUAAUGAGGCCUCAACAUUUUCCAAUUUUCUAUCAGAAAAGUUUAAAGAUUAUCGUUUACGUAGAGAACCCAUUGAUGAAAUAAUUUUAAUUUUUAAUGAAUACAACCAAACUCCAUAAUUAGAAGAAGAUAAACAGAAAUUCUUUAAACUUUGCUGGAGUUUUUUAUAGCGUUUUAUAGUGUAAUAACUAAAAAUAAAGUUGUUGUUAUUAAUACCAUAUUAAUAAAGAAUAAUAAUAAUGACA